GAAGGUGUGUAAAAUGUACACACCUUGGUGUGUAAUUAAACACACCUUGGUGUGUAAUUAAACACACCUUGGUGUGUAAUUGAACACACCUGUUUUUAGAGUGUAUAUACAACUACUGAUAUCACAUAUACAUGUCAUCGGCGCACGUCAGUCAACCACAUGAGCUGUCUUAUUUUUAUAUCCUUUCUUCUGUAACAGGAAGCUACCAAGGAAAGAACCAACCCGAUGGCGUUUUGAAGGGAGAUCGUCCUUAUCUCAUGGAAUCAUUCCGCGAUGGAAAAUAUAUUUGGAUGAAAGUUCCUGAACCAAAAUAUUCCAAAAGAAUGCUUGGUAAGUUUGUCAAAUUUACUGAUUAUUGAUCAAGCCGGAUUUCACGACCCAACUCUUGAGAAAUUUAUUAUUUAUGUAAACAGGUAUUAGGCUAAACUAGGUUCACAUCUUGAUUACUUUGUGUGAAUUGCUCCUAAAUCCAAAGCUAGCUAUAUAUCAGCCGAUGUUUGAUUUAAUAUUAGAUCAAAUUCAUUCGCUAGAGUGAAUCUUCAGUAACGUCUCUCGCAAAUGUUCCUUUUAAUCUACUGCAUGCAUCUAUAUAUAGGAUGGAGAAACUUUGAAUUAAAGCAUAUCGGCAUCGACGAUCAUCAUGAUCAUAUAUGCGCAUUCUACUCUUGUCCUUUCAAUAGUGCAUGCUUCCUUCCCAUUGAAAUGCAUACCGACUGAAUACUCAUGUUUGUUACGAUAUUGUACUCUGUUGGUAUUUUCCUUGAUUUGUCAAAGGCAUUUGACACAAUUAAUCACAGGAUUCUGAUAAAAAACUGGAGCAUUAUGGCAUAAGGGGAGUGGCCAAAAAAUGGUUUGAAAAUUAUCUGUGCAAUAGAAAACAAAUUGUUAAAUAUAAUGAUGUACAAUCGGAGGUAAUGACUAUUAGAAGUGGUAUCCCACAGGGAUCAGUGUUGGGUCCAUUAUUGUUUCUGCUAUAUAUAAAUGAUAUUCAAUACUGCAGUGAACUUAUUUCAAUUGUAUUAUUUGCGGAUGACACAAACAUUCUUUUUAGUCAUACAUGUCUUAAACAGUUGAACGAAGUUAUUCAAAUCGAAAUGAAUAAAAUUACUGACUGGUUGAAUGCUAAUAAACUAUCCAUUAACACAGAGAAAACGAAAUUUAUCCUUUUCAGAUAAAAAAAUAAGAAACCCAAAGAUGAUAUAAAAAUCUCAAUCAACAACGAAUCGAUAAAACAAGUCAAAAACACAACAUUUUUAGGAAUCGUUAUUGAUGAAUGCUUAACAUGGUGUGAACACUUAAGUUUGAUUACAAAAAAAAAUAUCAAAUGUACAGCAAUUAUUUCCAAGAUGCGACAUUUUACAAACUUAAACUCCUUAAAGUUAAUAUAUUAUGCAUUGGUCUAUCCAUAUUUAGCUUAUGGGAAUUUGAUCUGGGGUAACACCUACAAAUCUCGUAUUCAAAAGUUAGUCAAUGUUCAAAAAAGGAUUGUCAGAUUAAUGACUUUCAAAUCUUAUUUUGAACAUUCUGAGCCAAUCUUUCAUUCUCUAAAAAUUCUCAGUUUAUACAAAAUAAAUUAUUAUUUAACAAGUAUGUUUAUGUUCCGAUAUUUCCAUCUGAAAAAUUUACCAGAAUUAUUCACAAACUAUUUUUUAACCAAUAGGAAAAUUCAUAAUCAUAACACAAGAAAUUCGUCAUUGCUACACAAAAAGAACCAAUUACACAAAACACACUCUCUCUAAUAAAGGUAUAGAAGUGUGGAAUAAUCUUACCACUCAAUAUAAAGAACCCGCUAAAUCUUACGACUCCUUCAAAAAAAUAAUGAAAAAGUACUUCUCACAACUAAAUUUAAUAGAAUAACAUAUUCCUGUAAGUAUAGAAAAACUAUAAAUCAAAAAUUGAAUUGUAAAUAUAGCUUACUAUCAUAUCAUAUAAUAUUUAACUAUUCUUUUUCCUUUCUCCUAAAAGCACUCGAACUGAUGCUGCAUAUUAUUUUGCUAAUUAGUUUAAAUUUAUAACCUAGGGGCCUAAAACAAAAAGCCAUAUGGUUUCUAUAGUAGGCUCCUAUCCCAUUUCUUGUAAAUAGUUUAUUUCUUUUAUGUGCAAUAUCAAUAUCUUGGGCGCGGCGAAUCAGCAAAUAAAAAAAAAAUAAAAAAAAUUGUCAUUUAUAGUUGCAAUGGAGAAGAUAAGAAAGAAGUUAUUUGACAGAAACCAAAACACUUGUGAUGUUAGUUGUCCCAGUUUAAUAUCUGAUGGACUUGGGAGGUGGAUCAAUGGCACAUGGAAACCAUUUUCUCAAGGUAAGUUCAGGCGGCAUAGAUCAAUAUAAUUAUAGGAAAUUAACGAUGCACUUUAUUAACGCGGAUUUUAAAAAUUCGCGUUAAUUUAAUUAAUGUUAAUUUAUGUUAUCGUUAAUUUGAAGCAUGCAAAUUUUAGUUAUCGUUAAUUAAAAAGACCUUGAUUUGUUUUAUAUAACACGAACUCUUUUAACUCGAAAUACAUCAUAUUAAACCUCAAAACCAGGGGCGGCGCUACAGGGGGUGUGUGUGUGGGGGGGGGGGUGUAACACCCCCCCCACUCGUCAGCUAAUCGGCAAAUUGUUAUCUCAGUCGGCAAAACUGGAUUGGCUAAAGAUAACCACUGAAGAAACCAAAAUUGACCUCCUGAAUAAUUGAAUUAAAACCGAAUAUCACGAAUAGCAUGCAUCAAAGAAACCACACAUGCAGCAAUGCAAAUUUUUUACGGCGUAAGGUUUAAAAACUGACGGGUAUUGUCUAUUGUGUAUAUACGUUAGAUGUUUGAAGAUCAAAUUUCGCGCGUCUGGAGUUAAAAUUUUGCUCCAACUUUCGAAUUUUCCGGCUGGAGGUAACGUUGCAGUUAUAUUCCGAUUUCAAUGAUUCGUAAAUUAAAUGCGUGAUUAAUAGUGCUCCAAGACGUGGAACAGAUUUUAAGAAAUGCGGAGAUUUGGACUUUUCGAGGGCUGCAAAAUGGAUGCCGACAGGAAUUUUGGGUUUUCUGAUUAUGCGUGUCUGAGAAUGAUGCAAAUGCCAUUUCCGGGAUUCAAAUUUAAAAAUUUUCCGUGCCUUCGGCACGAGCCUCCCCCCCCCAACAUUUCAUAAAAUGUCCGCCACUUGCACACACGGUGGCUUAAAAGGUCUUAAAACUGUUUAUUCUACCAAUAAAUAAAGGGGUUUUUAUUGACUGGGAUUUCAAUAACUCGGACUGGGAUUUCUAAUAAAAAUCCAACUGGGACUGGGAUUUUGCCAAAAUUUCAGGUGGAAAAUGGGAUUGGGACCCCCCCCCUUCAGGACCCUCACUAUAGGCAAAUGACUCGGCAAAAUUACCAAACAACAGUCGGCGAAAGAUCACUCACACCCCCCCACUCGAAGAGGGUUAGCGCCGCCCCUGCUCAAAACAAAAACAUCAGUCCAGCUCUUCACUGUCACUGUCGGCAGAACCUUAAGUUGAACUAUAUAUUUUAAUAUACAUUGGCUUAAAUGACUUUAGUAUAAUUACAUAGGUGAUUAUGGAAAAUUCUCCACGCUGAUUGGUUACCGUUGAGGUGAUUAUUACGCGAUAAUCACCUAAGCGAUUUUCAAAAUGGCGGCCGAAGCCGUUUUGUCAAUUGAAAGACGAAGAAAUGUGCAUUUUUAAAUUUUUUUCCAAAUAAUCACCUAUGAAAUUAUACUAAAACAAUUAUUCACCUCAGGCUCGGUGAUUAUCGUGAAUAAAAACCUCGACUUCGUCUCGGUUUUUAUUCACCGAUAAUCACCUCGCCUUCGGCGAAUAAUUGUUAAGUAACUUUCACGGUUACAGUUUUAUUUGCCUCACCGAGGCUGAGGCGAAUAAUUGUUUUAGUAUUUUUGUGUUUUUUCGGACUGAAUUUAUUUUAAUUUUGCUUUAUUUCUUUAUCAGUAUAAUGGCCACACAACUGCUAGCCGCCAUUUUGAAAAUUGCGGUUUUGUUAUAUUCACCUAUAGGUGAAUAUAACAGCUUAACACGUCAAAUUUGACCAAUCAAUUUGUAGGAUUUGUCAGUGUUCACUUGUGCAAAAAUACUAAAUAAUAUUAUACUUUUGCUGUUGUGUAUAUAUUCUUCGACUCGCGUAAAAUAAACUGUCAGAUUCGCGUUAAUUUAAUCAGUUUUAGAAGUACCUGAAAGCAAUUCGCGUUAAUUAGAUGACACGUUAAUUUAUGUCGCGUUAAUAAAGUACAUCGUUAAUUUCCUAUAAUAAGGUAUAUAUAUAAUCCUGAAAACUUAAUUGAAUGUCAUAUCAGACCAACCCACGUUUUGACCCUAACCAAUAACGAUUUUUCGAUUAGCAAAUCUGACGUGCUGUAAUUAAGUUUAAAACUUAAAUUCAUAUCUCCCAGCCGGCGGCAACCUAUACUACGUUACGAAAGUCUGCCGGUUUCUCUAGUUGCUACACAAUAAUUCCUGAAAACUAUCUUCCCAAGACUAGUAAAAUAUUGCAUUUUUGUUUUGCAUAGAUUAGGGGAAAAUUAUUCAAAUUAAUGCGGCAAAACUAGUCGGCCAUGCAUAACGUCGGUGCAGGGCAAUCAGUAGACGGCCGUAUUAACGCUGCUCUACGUACUGCUGAAAAUGGCCGAUUGUUAUAUUGAACACUGUGGAAUGCGCAACAAAAUAUGGAGUUCACCAUGUGUACUUGAAAGUUGAAAGACAUUGCAAGAAGUAUCCAAAUAUCGAAGUCCUUGUUAAAUAUGAGAACAUACAUGCACAUAUGAUUGCAUUUAAAUUUAUCCAACAAAUCACAGAAUUCAGUCAAAAUAAGUAUUACGCAUCUAUAACAUGCAAUACUUACUGCAUGUAGUCAGGGUUAUACCUUUUAAAAAAGAAAGGUAUUUUAAAAAAAAUUGAGUGCAUAAAUUGUCUUUAAUUAAUGUCAUCACCAAAAGCGAUCAUCUGCAAUCUACUAUAACAUAGUUCAGCAACUACAGUUGGUGAAUUGAUCGACCUGGUAAUUAAGUUUUAUUAACACAGCACGUAGUACGUUUUUACCUGCAUAAAAUUUCCUUAGAGCUAGUGAACAUAAAGCGUGAGCCUCGAGACCACGAAGGUAUGUUGUGGCUAUAUGGGGAUUCGGUUUCCAAAUCAUUUGCUGAGUAUCUGGUAACAGGCCCCUACCAUGAAAUAUGUGAAAAUGUGUUCAAGCAGUGUAAGGUGACGUAUUCCUGGGUGUAUAAUAUAAAAAAUGUUGAAAGUGAGGAUAAGCUGGAUGGAAAAGAUUACGACCACAAGAAAGUAAUGAGAGAAAUAAAUAAGGUAAAUGAAACCGAUAUGUUAGUAUUAUACUCUAUAGCCCUCUAAAGCUAAUGUAAACUGUACGCCUGCUGGGUAUGUCUGAGUGCUGGUAUACCGUAUAGCAACCUAGUACCCAGGCUAUCAGAACCACAAGCGUAGAAACCCUAGGUACGAGGUUAGCGUACGCAGUGAAAUCUUGGGCACCAGGAAACAUGCAUUGGUCCGGAACCGACAUUGUUUUCUAGGUAUGUUUCAGAGAAAGUCGGUAAGCCAGAAACAAUUUUUCGCCGCAAAACACACGUGGAACCUCAAAAAAGGUUUCUGUAUUUCAUUGAUAUUUUUGCAGUUAAAAUGGGGCAGUAUACUACCGGUGAUAUUGGUGGGGGGAAAUGUACGAGUUUUAAUCCACUGCAACAUGGCAAUACUGAUGUUUGGCCAGUUUGUGGCUCUACAUUAUUUUUGCAUUUUUUAAUUAACACAAGAUGCUGCCGUUGUUGGCUUAUAAGGUUGACCGAACAGUCCUGAUAGUAUUGUCUUUCCGUUGAAUAUUGAACAUUUGUAACGAGUCGACUAACGAGCAUUUAAAAUUUAAAAUUGUAAUGAAAUUGCCCUCAGUUUGUACAAGUUAAUGUUGCUGUAAAUACCUUUUGUUUCGAAAUUUUGAUGUUUUGAAAAAUAUUCGUCAAAAAUGUUCAAUGUACGUUGUAAUUCGGAAUUUGGGCAAAUGUAUAUUAAGUAUGAAACUUCUGGGAAUUUUUUUUAGGUGCCCCUUCGAUUAUCCAAAAGUGCCUCUGGAAGGCGGUGCCCCUCCCCUCGAUCUUUUGAUACUUCCUACGCCCCUGGGGCUGGGUGGUGGGGCCAAUAACAUCACUGGCUGAUCAGAUUGAAACCUGUCAAUGCUGAAUUGACGAGCAUGCAUGAAAUGUUCAUAUGGGUAUUAAAAAUGUGUUAACUUAAUUAAUUUGCUAAUUAACAUCUGAAGUAGACUAGCUUUGUGACAUGGACCUUGAAUUUGGCCAACUACAUUACCGAAAAAUUAAUUUUUGGGCAUUUAACUUGACAGAACUCAAAGUUUCGAGUUUUCGAUGAUUCAUAAUUCAAAAGAAAAAGGCCUACAUCGACCAUUUUCAAAUAUUUUAAUUUCCAUUUUCACGUGAUAGUGUACAACUACGAUAACUCACGUAAAUUUCCGACGUUCCAGGUAUUGGACAACAAAAGGUUGGAUAAACACAGUGUAAUUAUUCUCAACUGGGGCAUUCAUUUUGCUGCGGCUGUGAAUUUUACCAAUUACAAAAAGCUUAUUGACGGAUUCCUAGAGACAUUCCUUGCUAAACGAAAGAAAAGCAAGUUUAAGGGUAGAAUUAUUUGGAGGACAACCACAGCCCUUUUUAGAGAACGUUUUCCAAAUCCCCACAAAGAUGUUCGUCGUUUUCUAACUUUUCCAAGAAUUAUUUUAUACAAUGCGUAUGCAAUGUCAGCUAUGUGUAGAGCUGGUGUUGAUGUUAUUGAUAUGUAUCCAAUGACUGACUCAUUCCCACCUGGAACAGUAUCGAAACGUGAUCCUGUGCAUUACGAAAGACGAGCAAUGGAAAGUGUUGAAGCGCUGCUUUAUCACAAAUAUCAUUAA